AUGGAAAUUGGGCAGGAGAACUGUACUGUCAUAACAGAAUUUAUUCUUGUUGGUUUAUCAGAUGCCCCAGAGCUGAGAGUUUUCCUCUCCCUUUUAUUCCUUCUGAUAUAUGGAGUCACCAUUUUGGGAAACCUGGGCAUGAUUGCCCUGAUACAAGUCAGCUCACAACUGCACACGCCUAUGUACUUUUUCCUUAGCCAUUUGUCCUUUGUGGAUUUUUGCUACUCCUCCAUCAUUGUGCCAAGGAUGCUACCUAAUAUCUUAAAACAGGAGAAAGCUAUCUCCUUCCUGGGAUGCAUGGUGCAAUUCUACUUCUUUUGCAUGUUUGCAGUCACAGAGGUCUUCCUGUUGGCUGUGAUGGCUUAUGAUCGCUUCCUGGCCAUUUGUAGUCCAUUGCUGUACACAGUCAACAUGUCAGAGAAUCUCCGGAUGCUGCUGGUUUCUGGAUGCUACCUUUGUGGAACUGUGUGUUCUCUGGUCCACUUGUGUUUAGCUCUUAAAAUUCCAACCUACAGAUCGAAUGUGAUUAAUCACUUUUUCUGUGAUUUGCCUCCAAUCUUUUCUAUUGCUUGUUCUGACAUCAGCCUCAAUAUACUUGUUGUGUAUUCUGUGACAACAUUCAAUGAGAUCUUAUCUAUUGUGAUCAUAUUCACCUCCUAUUUGUUUAUUCUUGUCACCAUCCUGAGGAUGCGUUCUGCUGAAGGACGACGCAAAGCCUUUUCUACCUGUGCCUCCCACCUCACAGCCAUUGUUGUAUUCCAGGGAACAAUCCUAUUUAUCUACUGCAGACCCAGUUCUGGCAAUUCUGUAGAAACUGACAAAGUGGCCACUGUGUUCUACACAGUCGUGAUCCCCAUGCUGAACCCCCUGAUCUAUAGUCUGAGGAACAAGGAUGUGAAAGCAGCUGUCAAGAAAGUGUUGGGAUCUAAAUUUUUGAAAAGUUCAUCUCUAAUUUAA